AUGGACUUCUUAUUCUUCCAGUAUAUUCACCACCAGAGUCAGCACCACAAGCUCGCGGGUUGGCACUUCCAGUACGACAUCGUCGCAAGUCACAUCCCCGAUCACAACGUCUACAGCCAGCUCAACCACUACGUCAAGCUCUAUUACAACCACUUCGACGACAAGUGCGACCACCAGCAUCCUACCACCACAACAACAACCAGUCCUACCACCACAACAACAACCAGUCCUACCACCACAACAACAACCACCACCACCACCACUACGACGACAAGUACAACGACAACUUCCGCACCUACUCCGUCGGGCUGCAACCCAGGAGGCGCACAGCCGACGUUCAAACUCGAAGCUGGCAGCGACUUUUCAGAAUUCAAUGGCCUUUAUGGAGCCGUAGCGCCUAUGACCACAGACAACAUCGACUAUAUCUUCUUCGACGUCGGCGAAGAUGCCGGGACCCUGUUCACGUUCAACGACGCUUGCAACCUGGUCGAUGUCUUCAGUGCUGAGAUCGCCAGUGUCGUCAUCGCCGAUGUCAGCCCUCCGUCAGGUAUUCAACUCUUGAAUCCGGUGCCUGCGGGUAAUUUGGCUGCGACUUGCGGCACCCUUAAUGAUGAGCUUGUGUGUACUGCUGGAGUUGACACAACGUUCUGUCUCUGCCUUGUUGACGACGUUGUCGCCCAUCUUGGGACGGCCGCUACAUGUGCGGGUUGCAACACCCUGACCUUCACCGUGGUGGUCGUUUGA